UUCAAUGGAAUUUCUUCAAAACUCAACUUUUGAGUAAAAUUUUUUCAAUUUGUUCGAGACAUUUUCUAGUAAUUAUUCGCUAUUAAUUAGGUUUCAAAGUAUUAUAAUAUGUUAGAUUUACCCUCGAACACUCGUUACAUUCACACCUUGUUGAAUUCCACUCGUUAGUUCGUGUAAGAAUGUUAAUUUCAUGACACAAAAGUGAUAUCAGCGGUGCCCUACUAAUUCAAGUAUUAUCCCAAUAGUAUAAUUAUCGAUAUAAUCCCAUUUAUAAUUCGCUGAAACCAUCAUCACUCUUUGUGCCUCUGAAAUCAUUAUGACCACCGCAGUGAUGGCUUCAAGAAACUGGGAUCCAUCAUUAUCCGGCCUUUUGGCAUCGUUAGAAGAAUCUCGAGGAAAUGUUUGCACUUCAGACGAAGAGUUUAAUUUCCUGAGUAAUAUGCUUCAUAGUAAAGAACUUCACGCUUUGUUUAAAGUCCAUAAUAAGAUCUUGGAGAAAGAACGAAACGAAAGGUACCGCCCUGUGUUGGCUAGUUCGAUGCAGAUCGUGUUAGAAAUUAUGGAUGCCAUUAUACCGUAUUUAGGCGAAAGCGACGAUUGUAAAGAAUUAUUUUUCCAUUUACAGAAACCUCAUUUACAAGGAUUACUUUGUUCUCACGAUGCUGUUGCUCAAAAAGAUUAUUACCCAAGGUUACCCGAAAUACCUCAGGAUGUCGAUGAAGACGAAGAAACUGUGAAAAUAGUUCAGCUAGUGAAAAGUAACGAACCGUUGGCUGACGAAAGGUCUACUGAACCGAUAGUGGGUGCUACCAUUAAAACCGACGAAGAAACUGGUAAAAUAGUCAUAGCGAGAGUAAUGCAUGGCGGUGCUGCCGAUCGUUCGGGAUUAAUUCACGUUGGCGAUGAAGUCGUCGAAGUAAACGGUAUCUGCGUCGAAGGCAAAACACCCAACGACGUACUCAAGAUACUACAAAGCUCCGAAGGCACCAUUACCUUCAAAUUAAUCCCAGCCGAUGGUAAAUACGGUCUGAGAGAAAGCAGGGUCAGAGUUCGAGCUCAUUUUGAUUACCAGGCCGCCAACGAUGUUCAUAUUCCUUGCAAAGAGGCUGGAUUAGAUUUCGUUAGAGGAGAUAUACUUCAUAUUGUUAGCAAAGAAGAUAAAUACUGGUGGCAAGCUCGUAAAGAAGGCGAUAAAAAUUUAAGAGCUGGAUUAAUCCCAAGCAGACUUCUGCAAGAACGUAGAAUACUCUUAGAAAGAGCCAACUCUGAAAACAAAGGAGAAAAGAUCAUUACCAGUUGUCUAAAAACACCCGAUAGUUGUUUACCUGAAAAAGUCGCUCCCGUUAUUGAGGAAGUUACAGAACGCGUGCAAAUGUGUACUUUAUUAAACCGGGGCGAAAUUGGGGGGUCACCGAGAUGUAUUCCUAAAAUCAAAACUAAAAAGAUUAUCUAUGACACAGCUGAAAACGAUGAUUUUGAUCGUGAAGAGAUACCAACGUACGAGGAAGUGGUCAAGUUGUAUCCGCGGCCUGGCAUGUUGAGACCGUUGGUAUUAAUUGGUCCUCCUGGUAUUGGACGUAAUGAGCUCAAGAGAAGGUUAAUGAUCACUAAUCCGGAUAAGUUCAAGACACCUACUCCUUAUACAUCUCGACCACCUCGAACUGGAGAAAUGCACGGUAAAGAUUACUUCUUCGUAUCAAGGGAAAAAAUGGAAGAAGAGAUAAGCGAUGGUAAAUUCAUCGAAUUCGGCGAAUACAAAGGUAAUCUUUACGGUACGUCGGCCGAAACGGUGAAAACUUUAAUCAGCGAAGGAUCCUUCUGCGUUCUAACUCCUCACUAUCAAGCGUUGAAAAUGUUACGAACUAGCGACGUCAAGCCAUACGUAGUGUUCAUUAAACCGCCGGAAUUCGACGCUUUGAAAGAAACCCGAAAUGCAGCCUUCGCUCGAUCGACCUUUGACGAAUCAAAUUCUCGAGGCUUUACGGACGAAGAAUUUAACGAAAUAAUCCGAAGCUCUCGCAGAAUCGAAUUCCUAUACGGACACUGGUUCGACGAAACGAUCGUAAACGCAGACCUUCCCACAGCUUUCGAACAGCUACUUCAAGUCGUCUAUAAAAUCGAAAACGAACCAUUAUGGGUGCCAGCCACAUGGGUCCAGUAAGGAAAAAACUCACUCUUUUUCCAUUCGUCUACCUUUCCGCGAGCGGGAAAAUUUUGUUAUACUUUUCAAAAAAAAAAAAAAAAAAAUAGCUGCCAUGACCCUGUAGUAAAGGUGGAACCGGUCGUACCCCCACACCGGUGCAAAAAGUACCGUUUUUUUUGUUUUUGUUCUAAGACUGAUAGUAAAAAUGUUUUUAAUUUAGGUAAUUUUGUUUCUUUCGCCCCUGCAAGACGCAUCUCAUCGAAAAAUUAGCUUUAUUUAAAAAAAAAAUCAGUUUUAUUAUUUUUAAACACCACAUUUUAUCGCGGUAAGUUUAUAACCCCCCCCCCUCCUUCUUUAUUUAUUUUUUUUUCUCGUUUCAUUUAGAAGAUAUCACUAUUAAAAUGUGCUCGUUGUAAAAGUACAGAGAAAAUGCGCUUAAAGCGUUCGUACCGUACGGUGAUUGUAUAUUUUUGCUUGUAAUUACAAUCCUUAUGUACCUUUUUUUUUUCCUCAAAGGAAAAUUUUUACUUAGAUAGCUUCUCCUUGGUGGCGGUUUCUUAUCAUGUUUUACUUACUGUUCUCUACUACUACCUUUUCUCCCAUUCCCGCAUAUUUUUUUUUGUCAGAGUAACCGUCCAGCAUAGGUGAAAAAAAGCACGUGUGUUGUCGUUUCAAAUGACAAUAAUGGUACCUUAAAAUUAACCUAGAGUUAAAAUUUACCUAUGUAACCGAGUGUUUUCCCCCCUUUUGCCUCGUAAUAUCAUUGUUCUGAUCAAUGCUACUUAAUCGUAUCUACGUACAUAGUAUUAGUUAUGCCAAAGAGUUGUUAUUAACAGUAUUCUUAAUCAAGCUCUCUUCCCACCUAUUUGUAUUUUAGAUAUUUUACGUGUUAUAUUAGUUGAUAAUCUCCUUUUUUUUCCUCUUCAUUUUGUUCAUUUAAUUAUUUUAUUUGUUGUGCAUUUAAUAACAAGCGAAUAAAUAUACGCAAAGUUUUAUCUCUUUA